CCUACUCAGCACGGUCAGGGUCAGAACUCAGAAAUCAGCUGAUCUGGCGGACCCACUUCAACCAAUCAGGUGAUUUACUCUCAGGACAGUUAAAGUUCUCUCCGAUUCUACUCAUUUAGUUGCGUUUUGAACCUCAACAGGUUCAGACCUCAAAGGAAACAAGUUAUCACGUAUCUAGAGAAAGAUGACCGCAGACAGUCAACAAAAGGUUGAAAUCAUGAGGCUUUCAGACAUUAAAAAGGAAAUAAAAAAGCCAAAAUAUGUCAAUAGUACACUAGAUCAGGUUCUGCUCUGUGACCGAAUAAUAGAACAAAUGCUUAAAGGAGAGAAAUUUUAUAUCCCUGUGUGUUCCAACUAUAUGCAGAGAGUGCAGACUGAUAUCACAGCUGGGAUGAGAAAGACUGUGACUGACUGGAUGCUGGAGGUGUGUGAGGAUCAGAACUGUGCUAGUCAGGUUUUCCUUCUCUCAGUUCAAUAUCUAGACAGAGUCCUGAGUAGUUUAAAGAUAAUAAGAUCUGAACUUCAGCUCCUAGCCGCAGCUUGUCUCUUUAUAUCCUCUAAACUGUGUGAGAUCCAACCCUUAUCCCUAGAGAAGUUGAUAAUCUACACUGAUUGCUCUAUAUCCUCCUCCCAGCUUCUUUCUAUGGAAAUGAGGAUCCUGGAUAAACUAAACUGGGAACUCUGUUCUCUCACAAGCUUAGAUUUUUUACAAAUAUUCAUCCAAAGAUAUAAUUGUUCUGAACCUGUGUUUAGCAGUGCUGCUACAUUUCUAUCUCUAGCUGCUACGGAAUAUCAAUUCUACAGUGUGAAACCUUCAUUAAUGGCUGGAGCAGCCUUUCUAACGGCUCUUCAAAGAGCAGAUGAUAAUAAUACAUGCGGAAUUGAAAAUUUACAUUCUUCCCUCUCCUCUCUAAUUACAACGGAGAAGAAUGGACUUCUGCUGCUUUCCUCCUCCUUGAACAGUCGAGUCUUCUCCUGGUUGGAUCAGAACCAGAACAGAAACCAACAGGAGAUUGUUUAAACACAAUCAGGAGAGAGGUUUCUCAUAACAGGAGAAAUUUUAAAUCAGAAAAAUAGUUUUACAAUAAAUAGAAAAUGGAUGUUAAAACGAGCAAGCAACCUUUUAAAACAGAACAGGAGAUUCUAUUAGGUGUUUGAACCUUGAGCAGGAGCUAAUCUGAACAUGAACAGGACCUGUCAAAAACCUGAGCAGGAGCUACUCUGAACCUAAACAGGAGCUGUUAAAAACCUAAGCAGGAGCUGCGCUAAACUCUGGCUGGAACUGUUCUAAACCUUAACAAGAGUUGUUCUAGACCAGAGCAGAAGCUGUCUUAACUCGAACAAAAGCUGUUUAAAUCCCGAGCAGAAGUUGAACUAUGCCGGGAAAGGAGAUGUUCUAAAUCUAUAUCCGAAUUGUUCUAAACCUAAAAAAUCGCCAUUAUAAAUUGAACCAGGAGCUGUUAUGAAAUGUUUUAACCAUGAGCAGAAUCUGUUUCAACCAUGAGCAGACGUUUUAAUUGAUCAUGAACAUGAGCUUUUCUUAUCUCCAACGUAAGCUGUUCUAACCCUGAAUAGGAGCUGUUCUAAACCUGAGAAGGAGCUGAUGAUGUUCGAAACCUACAUAAGGAGCUGAUGUAAACUCAAAUAAAAGCUGAAGCUGUACUAAACAUGAGCCGAAGCUGUUCUAAACUGGAGAAGGAGCUGUUCUAAACUGGAGCAGGAGCUGUUCUAAACUGGAACAUGCGCUGUUUUAAACUGGAGCAGAAGCUGUUCUAAACUGGAGCAGAAGCUGUUCUAAACUGGAGCCUGAGCGGUUUUAAACCAUAAAAUCUUAAUUUUAAAUCUCAACAAGAUUCUUUCAGAAAAUAUUCUAAUAUUGUCAAAAUUACAUAUGACGGGCAUUAUUCCAUUAUAGUCAUUUUCUUAGUUGUAUAAUUCUAUACUGUCAAGUUGUAUUAAAUGUAAAUAUGUUAUAAAUAAGAAAAAUUUAAUACAAACAAUAA